AUGGAAGAGGGUGAUCAUAUGGAGUUUUCCGCCAGGGAGAUAGAAGAACUGGAGAAUGAUACAAUCAAUCCUACGAAUUGCAACCACAAACUUGACAAGGAGCACGUCGAAAAGCUUAGGCAGGCCACGUUGCAGGAAAUUGAGGAAAAGGAUAAACUGGUGGAGAAAGGAAUGCGACUGUUCUUCAUGAAUAAGGUAAAGGAUGCAGAAGAUAUUAUGAAUAACAAUGCGCCACUUGAUCCGCUUCAUGCGCUCGGCGCCUGUUGUCUGGCAGCACUGAAAUCUCUGUUGUCGAUGGGCGUGAACGAUACAAAAUAUGCUCUUCAGAAGGCUGAUUUUUCCAUAGCAUUCUCCACUGAAGUUGCCACAAUCCCCAAAGGUUUCUUUGGCUCCGUAACAAACUUGUUUUGGGGAGAAGCUGGGCGGGAAUUUCAACCAGGGAUGUUCCGCGCAAAAACAAUCCGCGCGCAGUCAUUUGCCGUCCGUGGGAUUCUGCUCAUCUCCCAGCAGGGUGAUAUGAUGGCACUUCUCCGCGGUGGCAUGGCCCUGAAGAAUUCCUAUAAGCUUCUGCAGUCGCUGAAACGGGAGCUGGAAGACCUUAAGAAGAAGAAAGAUGCAAAUUCCUACGAGGGUUUGGGAGCCGACCGCAACAGCGUGUACGGUCUUUUGUUGAUGGUGGGAGUUACACAUGUUGUCAUUUCACUCCUCCCGUCACGUGUACUGUCCAUCCUCGGUUUCUUGGGACUCAAAUACGACAGGAAACAUGGUAUGAAAUUCAUCUCUAUGACAUGGGAGAGUCGCACUCUAUUUGCACCCUUUGCUGCUCUGUUUCUUAUGGUCAUCACGAGUUUUGUACCGGGUUUCUGCCCACUUCAUGUCCCCCGGUGGCUUCCCGCUGCUAAAGCUAUUGCUGAGCACACGGUGGAUCAGCCACCAAUGGGUGAGUCUCUAUUGCAUUUAUGGAUCCUCGGCCGUAUUAAGCGCUUGGAGCAAGAUGUUGAAGGGAGUAUGUCCGCAUUGUCCAAAUGCUUGAAAGCCGCGGAGGAGGGACAAGUUGCCAAGUGGAUGCCGCAGUUGCGGGACUUCGCCAUUUAUGAUCAGGGGUGGAAUUUUGUCAUCACCAUGCAGUGGAGGGAAGCCAUUGAAUUAUACAAGAGGCUUGAGGAUCACUCAGCAUGGUCAAAAUUGUUUUAUGGGUACGCGCAGGCGUGUUGUUUUGACAUGUUAGCGCUAGAGGCUGAACAGGCAGGAAAUAAGGAGGGUGUGGCGAAGUAUCAACAGGAAGCAUCGGAGGCAUUAUGGAGGACGGCACACUACAGGAUAAACAUUAUGGGUGGUAGAGCAGUGUCGGUAGAGGAGUUCGUAUCCGUGAGACUGGGGGAAACGUUUAAGCACUGUGGCAUUGAACAUCCCAAUAAAGGCAACAAACGUAUUGUUGAGCCCACACCAUUCCCUUUAGAGGGGCUGAAGCUACGAAACCCUGUACGAGUGGGUGUGAUAGAGCUCCUUGCCCUAUUCGACAUCACGCAUCAGAUGCCGCAGUCUAAUACGGAAAAGUUUCUAGAUAUCAUCGACAGAGUAUCGAAGAAGUGCAGUGAUUCACCUCAAAUAGGUUCCACAGAUGAUGGAAACGGGGCUUGCGGAAAUGAGGCACCAGCAGAGAAGGGUGAUGAAAAGAAUAUUGAAACAUACACGACCAUCGUAUGCGCGGCAGUCAAGGCAAAUUUGUUAUGCAGGAUCGAAUCCAGACGGGAAGAAGCGAGUGCAUGUCUGGAAGGAGCAGUCGCAAUAUCAUCCAAAUACAAGCGGGAAAAGUGCUCAGUUUCCUGGGUGCGGCCUCAAAUGAUAUACGAGCAAGCCGUAUUGGCGUCUGUGGAGGGUGACGAGGGACGGAUGAACAAGUUAUUGGAUAAAGUUAAAGAAAGCAACCACAAACGGCUCUUUCAGAACGUGAUGGAUGUUAAAUUACACCUGACGGAGUAUGGUAAGGAGGCGCCAGUGGUCAGUCACAUCAUUUAG